AUGUCUGCUUGCUUCUCCCUUGGCUUGGGUCUGGACGUAGCCAUUUCAGGAGCCGUCGAGAUAUUCCAAGAAUACCACCACCACAAGAAGCUCAACUUUUGGACCGGCAUCGAUUUGAAGACGCAUGCCAAGUUGCAAACACUUGGCCCAGAUAGCAAUUCCGGUUCCAGCAAAAACUCUAAUACUUUCGAGUCAGCCAAGCAUUCUGCCAAAGAGCUUGCUCAAGCCGAAGAACACUCCAAACACGCUCCUUCCAAACGGAGAUAA